AUGGGCAAAAAUGAUAGAGAAACAUUUGUUAGAGAUAUACAGACAGGCGGAGUUCAAGUGUUCCACGGACAAGGUACAGUAGUUGGAUGGGCCCGAGCAGGAAAAACAACUCUGAUAAAGAAGCUGAAAGGAGAGCGUGAUCUCACAACAGUACAAACAAAAAGUUUGGAAAUCCACCCGAACGUAUUCAAGGUCGAUGUAGAGGGAGACAAUUUAGAAGUUUGUCCGACCGAAGAAAUGAAAGGACCAGCGCUGAAUAUUUCAAUUCGACACCUAAAAUCAGAGAAUGACCUGAAGAGAAAUCAAAUUAAAAAAGUGAGAGAAAAUCCAAAAACAAACCGAAUAAAAGAUCUGGAAAAUUCUACUACGGUUACUAAAUCGAUUUUGGAAAGAAAUACUAUUGAUACCGAAAAAUCUACACCUUUGCAAAUACCAAAAUCUGUUCAGAGCAGUUCAACCAAUUCAGAUGCUCAACAUGUGCCUAAAAAUGAAAACGAAGUGCAUGCUGAGGAGACAGCGAAAGACAUUCCAAACAAAAAUUUCAACUUGGAUAUGACAAAUAUAAACAUUCCCUUUACUGUUCAAGACAAAGACUUGAAAAAUGUGACUAUUCUAGAUUUUGGAGGUCAGAGUGCAUAUUACGCCUGUCAUCAUAUUUACUUUGGAUCACGUGCUUUUCAUCUCUUAGUCGUUGAUGCCUCAAAAGAUAUUGAUUCAAAAGCAGAAGAAGCUUGUGAAACACCGGGUCUCGUAUAUUCUGACUGGACGUAUCUAGAUUACAUUCGAUACUGGAUAUCGUCAAUCCAUACAUUUGGUUCCGUGGACGCACCAGUUAUAAUUGUGGCCUCCCAUACAGAACACAUUCCGAAGGGUUGUGAGAAGGAGAAAAUGAAGUUAUUAUAUGAGAAAAUAAUCAAAGAUCUUCCAUGGGUUCUCCGAAAGCACAUAGAUGUUGAGAGAGUUUUUGCAGUAGCCAAAUCAUCAAGAAAAAACUUGAAUAAAAUUAAACAAACCAUUGUUGAAAUUCUUAAGGAACAAGACCAUUGGGGAAAAUUAGUACCGACAUCUUGGUUACGACUUGAAGCUAUUCUAAGAAAAUUAAGAGAAAAAAGCAAUGCAAUGAAGAUUUCAGUCCUGUGGGAAAUUGUAAAAAAUGAGACGAGCAUUGGAAUAGAUGACAGAAAAGAUAUGCUUACAGCUCUGAAGUUUUUUCAUGAAAUCAGAAUCAUACUUUUUGCAAGCAAUAACAGCGCAGAGGAAUUUGUCAUUUUAAAUAUACAGUGGUUCAUUGAUGCCUUUCAAUGUCUCAUAGAUCUAGAAAGUCCCUUACGAUACGACAACGUUUGGUGUGAUACUUGGAAUGAAUUUAACACCUCUGGUCUCGUAGGUGGAGAUUUACUGGAAUCAAUAUGGAAUAAGGACCAGUCGUUUUUAACGCAUAAAGAGUCUUUGCUUUAUUAUAUGAAACAUUUUGGAAUGUUGGCAGAAAUAGGAGAAACGAAAUGGUAUGUUCCUUUCAUGAACAAACAAAAGUUUGAAGAAACUGAAGUGAUUCAGAUGUAUGAGGUGUCAUCCACACUUUGCUUCGUAUUCGAGUUUUUACCUGUUACAAUUUUUUUUCAACUUGUUUCCCAUUGCAUAAACAUUUUAGGUUGGAAAAUUUGGCAGAAAGGAGGCAAUGAGUGUGUCUUUCAUACGGCGAUUAUUCUGGAGCAUAAGACAAAUUUAUCUCAUAAAAUCAUUUUAAAAUGUGUGGACAAAAGUACUUUUAAGAUACUGGAUAGAGCUUUACAAUACUCUAUUGAAAUAAAAGCAUUUGUUCUUGAGGACAAUGAGAUCAGUAGCAGUGUUACAAAUGAUAUAAGAACAUGCAUUCAAGAUUUUCUCCAGAAUUUUAAUCCAGAGAAUGCUGAUGAGGGUUUGAAAUAUUACGUUGGACUUAGAUGCAGGAAAGAAAUUGGAAUGGAAUCAGCAAUUAUACCCGAGGAAAGAUUUUUGAGUUCGUCCGGAAAACUCGAAUGUUCUACCUGCAAAGACCACGCGCAUGCCAUUGAUUGUGACAACAUAUAUUCAUUCUGGAUUACUUCAGACAUGGAACAUGCAGAAGUGGUAUGA